CUGCCAUCCGGCCUGGGGGAGGGUGCAGAGAAGGGCAGGCCUGGUGUACGUCGAGGGCCACAGCAGACUUGCCGCAGGUUCUGAACCAGCAUCCAGGCGGCCAGACCCAGUGGAACUGUCCGCAGGGCGGAGCUACAGAGACUGCAAGGAUGCUGACUGUUCCGGAAAUGGGCCUUCAAGGGCUGUAUAUCAGCUCCAGCCCCGAGAGAUCCCCCGUGCCCAGCCCCCCCGGCUCUCCGAGGACCCAGGAAAGCUGUGGCAUCGCGCCCCUCACACCUUCACAGUCUCCAAAGCCAGAGGCCCGUGCUCCACAGCAGGCCUCCUUCUCUGUGGUUGUAGCCAUCGACUUUGGGACCACAUCCAGUGGUUAUGCCUUCAGCUUUGCUAGUGACCCUGAGGCCAUCCACAUGAUGAGGAAAUGGGAGGGGGGAGACCCAGGCGUGGCCAACCAGAAGACCCCUACUUGUCUGCUGCUGACCCCAGAGGGUGUCUUUCACAGUUUUGGCUACACCGCCCGUGACUAUUACCACGACCUAGACCCUGAGGAGGCUCGGGACUGGCUGUACUUUGAGAAGUUUAAGAUGAAGAUUCACAGUGCCACCGAUCUUACCUUGAAGACCCAGCUGGAGGCCGUGAAUGGGAAGCAGAUGCUGGCCCUGGAGGUGUUUGCCCACGCUCUCCGCUUCUUCAAGGAGCACGCCCUUCAGGAGCUGAGAGAGCAGAGCCCGCGCAUGCUGGAGAAAGACGCAGUGCGCUGGGUGCUGACAGUGCCUGCCAUCUGGAAACAGCCAGCUAAGCAGUUCAUGAGGGAGGCUGCCUACCUGGCUGGUCUGGUGUCUCGUGAGGAUGCAGAAAAACUCCUCAUCGCCCUGGAGCCUGAGGCUGCCUCUGUCUACUGUCGAAAGCUUCGCCUGCACCAGCUCAUGGACCUGAGUAGCCGGACCGUAGGUGGCGGGCGCCUGGGUGAGCGCAGGUCCAUUGACUCCAGCUUUCGCCAUGCCCGGGAGCAGUUGCGGAGGUCUCGCCACAGCCGAACGUUCCUGGUGGAGUCUGGCGUAGGAGAGCUGUGGGCGGAGCUGCAGGAAGGAGACCGCUACAUGGUGGCAGACUGUGGGGGUGGCACUGUGGACCUGACCGUACACCAGCUGGAGCAACCUCAUGGCACCCUCAAGGAGCUCUACAAGGCUUCUGGCGGCCCUUAUGGUGCGGUGGGGGUGGACCUGGCCUUUGAGCAGCUGCUCUGCCGCAUAUUCGGAGAGGACUUCAUUGCUAAAUUCAAAAGGCAACGGCCAGCAGCUUGGGUGGAUCUAACCAUUGCCUUCGAGGCCCGCAAGCGCACUGCAGGCCCGCACCGUGCAGGAGCACUCAACAUUUCCCUUCCCUUCUCUUUCAUUGAUUUCUACCGCAAGCAACGAGGCCACAACGUUGAGACUGCCCUGCGCAGGAGCAGUGUGAACUUUGUGAAGUGGUCCUCACAGGGGAUGCUCCGGAUGUCCUGUGAGGCUAUGAAUGAGCUGUUUCAGCCCACAGUCAGUGGGAUCAUCCAACACAUAGAGAUGUUGCUGGCUAGGCCUGAGGUGCAGGGUGUCAAGUUGCUAUUUCUGGUGGGCGGCUUUGCAGAGUCAGCUGUGCUGCAGCAUGCGGUACAGACAGCGCUGGGCACCCGUGGCCUGCGCGUUGUGGUCCCGCACGACGUGGGUCUCACCAUCCUCAAGGGAGCAGUGCUCUUUGGCCAGGCACCUGGUGUGGUGCGGGUGCGCCGCUCGCCUCUCACUUAUGGCGUAGGCGUGCUCAACCGCUUUGUGCCUGGCCACCACCCACCUGAGAAACUGCUGGUUCGGGAUGGGCGCCGCUGGUGCACUGAUGUCUUUGAGCGCUUCGUAGCCGCAGAGCAGUCGGUGGCCCUGGGAGAGGAGGUGCGGCGCAGCUACUGCCCGGCGCGCCCGGGCCAGAGGCGUGUGCUCAUCAAUCUGUACUGCUGCGCCGCGGAGGAUGCACGCUUCAUCACUGACCCUGGUGUGCGCAAGUGUGGCGCACUCAGCCUGGAGCUUGAACCUGAAGGCUGCCGGGAAAACACAGGCACGUCCCCCAACCGUCGUGAGAUCCGCGCUGCCAUGCAGUUUGGCGAUACCGAGAUAAAGGUCACUGCUGUGGAUGUCAGCACCAACCGCUCUGUGCGAGCGGCCAUUGACUUUCUUUCCAACUGAGGGUGCCCCUUUCAGUGGGGACACAAGAACAUGCUAGUUUUCAUGGCAACAACUGUUUCUCCCUACCCUGAGAGAAAUGUGGUAAGAACACAUGGAGACUCGCUUUGGGAUUGACUGGAACACUAAAAGUCCCCUUGCUUCAACAGAAACCCCCAUGAGGCGAGGUGGUAGAAGAGACUUUUAAGGGGUUUGUUAGAGGACACCCGAGCCGGUUUUGGCAGAUGUGUGACCACGAAAACUGACCACAACAGAGGACUAAACACCAGCCUGAACUUGAGGAUUGAGAGGAAGGUUAAGCAAAACCGCUUAGGAGCCAGGCCUGAGGGUCAGCAUUCACUAACUGUUGAGCUCUAGCCGCAGGAAGCCAGAGAGCAGUUUCAUGCAGGGGUAGGGGGUGUGGCAUACCUGGAUGUGAGACUGUUAAUUGCAGAGCAGUGGCUGAUGGCGACAGGUGCACUGUUACAGAGAUGGCAGUUUGGAGGGGAUAUGGACACAGCAUGACAAAGGACCCAUGAGCAGGCUACAAAUGACCCAUUGCCCCAACCCAGCCACAGGAGGACAGAGUUCACAGGGGCUUACUCAGGAUAGUACACCAUCAGAAAAUCUGAUCAACCAUGGGCCUCAGUUUCUCCAAGUGUGAAAUGUCAGGCACUUAGGUCAACCAUGGCAUAGGACAACUUUACCUGCCUGAGAACCUUACCCUAGGUAAAAAUAAAGCAUCUGUGGUCGGGAAA